UUUUCUUUUUGUUAUAAUAGCUUGUUUAGAAAGCUUCUUCUUAUUUAAAUAUUUAUUGUAUUUUUCUAAUUGGUCUUUUCUCCUUGUAUAAUUGCUUAGGCUUCUAAACUCAGUAGCCUAGUCUGUAGCCUCUUUCUUCUUGUAACCCUAAUCACUCUUUAUAUAAGGAAAUAUACAGAUCAGUAAAACUGAUCCUUUUUGGCCAUUCUGUUUCAAUAUUCAAGUUGGUAUCAGAGCGGGUCGAUCCCGCUCUGUUGUCCGCCACUGUCCGCCGCCGUCCGCCGCUAUCCUAUUACUUCGGCGAACCUAGGGUUUGGUGUGCCUUGUCAAGCGCGACCUAACCCCAUCAACUCCGGCGUCGUCAGAGUCCCCACGCGCUCUCACGCGCCGUUUCUCUCUCCGGUUCUGUCAAGCGCGUACUGUUCAUGCGCCGCUCGCUGUUGGUCGGAACUUCCUCACUCUGCCACCGUCUUGUUCGUCGGAGCCUCCUGAGCCUAUUUCUGGACUCAGUUUUGUGAUUUGACCACUAUUUAAGGUGUGGGCCUGCGUUUCUCUUCUUCGGUUCUUCUCUCUUAAUACCUGUUGCACGACCCAUCUUCUUAUGGCAUCUCCAGGCCCUAUUUUGUCUAUUUCUGGCACUCCGACCAUAACCACCGAGAAACUCAAUGGAAAAAAUUAUUUAUCAUGGGCUGCCUCUGUGGAACUAUGGUUCCUUGGUCAAGGGUACCACGAUCACUUAGAAAUGGAAAAUGCUGAGGGUUCAGAUGAACGUCAGGCUAAAUGGAAGAAGCUUGAUUUUCAACUAUGUGUUGUGUUGUGGCAGUCGGUUGAGCCCAAUAUUUUAGGGACCCUUAGAGCCUUCAAAACUUGUUGUUCUUUCUGGAAAAAGGCUCAAAAUAUUUAUGCAAACGAUAUUCAGUGGUUAUAUGAUGCUGCUCAGAAAAUAGCAUCCUUGAAACAAAUUAAUCAUGAAAUGACGUCUCACAUUGCUGAAGCCCAAGCUGCUGUAGAAGAACUAAAAAUGUUCCUGACAGAUGAUUCAUUAGAGGGAAUAAAUAAGAAACUUGAUAGGCUAUAUAUGGUGCUGAUCCUGAGAACAUUGCACCCAGACUUAAAUCAUGUUCGUGACCAGAUUCUGACCGGCCACGAGAUUCCUUCAAUGGACAGCCUAAUAACCAGACUUCUUCGUGUUCCUACAGAAAUGAAGAAUGAAAACUCGGGUGGAAUUGUUGAAGUUUCUGCAAUGGUUUCAAGUCAGGGUAGAGGUGGUCGUGGAAAUCGAGGAGGAAGAGGAGGUAGAAGUGAUCGCCCUCAAUGCUCAUACUGCAAGAGGAUGGGUCAUAUCCAAGAGAAUUGUUAUUCUCUUCAUGGUUUUCCAGAGAAGAUAGCAAAUCUGUCCAAGUCUGAGAAAUUAGGAAAAUCUGAGAUGAAGGUUUCUGAAGAUGACUAUCAGGAAUAUCUUCAAUGGAAAUCUAUGAAUCAAGCUCAAUCUUCCUCUACCACUACUGUUUCUACAACUUGUAUUUCUCAUUCAACUGCAAAUCCAAGUCCAUGGAUCAUUGAUUCAGGAGCCUCUAAUCACAUAACUGGAACGUGGUACGGGUCGGAAGAUUGGCGCAGGACAUGAAUCUGGAGGUCUCUACUAUUUUGAAAUGCAACCACCUGUAUCUUGUGUUGCUGUUUUGUCACCCAAGCUUUUGCAUGAUCGUUUGGGUCACCCAAGUCUAUCCAAGUUGAAACUUUUGGUCCUUAGUCUUCAAAAAUUAGCAGAGUUAGGUUGUGAAUCAUGUCAAUUAGGCAAACAUGUUAGGUCGUCUUUUCCCAAGCAAACUGAUAAAAGAUGUAACUCGAUUUUCACCACCAUUCAUUCUGAUAUUUGGGGUCCAAGUCGUGUAACAUCUUUUGGUUUCAGAUAUUUUGUAACCUUUAUUGAUGAAUUUUCUCGAUGUACUUGGGUAUAUUUAAUGAAAGAUCGUUCUGAGCUUUUGUCUAUUUUUAUGUCCUUCUUCAAUGAGAUCAAAAACCAAUUUGGGAGACUAAUUAAAAUUUUUCGAAGUGACAAUGCAAAAGAAUAUUUCUCUUCUGAAUUAUCCUCUUUCCUAUCCUCACAGGGUGUCUUGCAUCAGUCUACAUGUCCACAUACACCCCAACAAAAUGGAAUAGCAGAAAGGAAAAAUAGGCACCUUGUAGAGACUGCACGCACCCUAAUGCUCAAUGCAAAUGUUCC